AUGAAUUUUUCCUCUGAUCAAUCAUCAUCGUCGUCGUCAUCAAUUUCUAUCUAUCACAAUUCAUAUUUCUCAUUUGAAGACGUUGAAUAUGUACUUCGACCUUUAUUUCAAAGUUAUUAUGGUCGUGAAGGAUUGCAUUCGAUUAUUUCUAGUGUCAAUCAUACAUGGUGUGUUUAUGAUCGACAAAUAAGUCGAUAUGUUGGCUGUGCGUUAAUAGAAACUCAUGAUACAGAUAAUGUUCUGUACGUUAAAUUAUUGGGUGUUAAAAAAUCUAGCCAAGGUCAAGGCAUUGGUACAAAAUUAUUGGAGGUAAUCAAACGCUGGGCACGAAAACAAAAUUAUUUUGCUCUUCUUUUACAUACACAAAUAAAUAAUGAUAAAGCUAUUCAAUUGUAUGAAAAAGUUGGAUUUGUAAAGCAAUAUUAUUUAAAAGAUUUUUUUCCGUCAAAUGGACUUCUUUCACUUUUUCAAUUCAGUGAGCCGGAUGCAUAUCAAAUGGUUUUAUAUUUAUAA